CAUCUGUGUGUUAGCAUUAGCGCUUGUUCCUGUUCCAGGUGACGGUGUACACACCCGGCAAGAAGAAAAGACAGGCCAGGCAGUACGAGAUUCUUGAGGAGGUCGGCGACAUGGAGGUGGUCGGCAACCUGCUUUACACCUGUCGAGACACCUACAUCACCAUCACGGAGAUGUUGGGUGAUAAGGGCGGCUUCGCCAUGCGGAAGUCAAUGCAGGGUCGGCAGCCGAUGGCGGUCAACGGCGACCGGCUCUGCUUCGUGACCAGGGAUGGCCGCUGCAUCCAGAUCCACGAGAACAACAAGGAGGCAGGCUUCCCGGAGGUGGCAGGCGUGCCGGCGCACGAGAUGGUGAUCCAGGCCAUGUGUUUCUCGCGGGACGGGCGCUACGUGUUCACGGGCGGCUACGACCGCGUGGUCAAGCGGUGGGACCUGCAGACGCCCGCCGAGUCGGGCGUGACGGGCGAGUACAGCACCGACCCAGUCAUCUCCAGCAUGUGCGCGGGCGACAAGUCGCAGAUCUACGUGGGCGGCACCGCCGGCUACCUCGUCCGGGUCGAGGCGGCCUGAGGGGCGCCGAGCGCGGCCGCGGCGGGGCGCGCGGGGGAGGGUGGGAGGGUGUCUUAGGCUGCGGCGGCGCCACCCCUUCUCGCGCGCCUCGAACGGCAGGUGUCAAGACCGCAAACCGCCGGAGGGGCAAAGGCGCUGGCCGACGGUGUCCGAGCUCACGCCAGCAGCGGGACGGGGGACGGGCGGUAGUGACGGGGUGCAAGGGAGGGAAGUUAACUUCUCACUCAGGUCAAUUGACCCUGUCACGCGUGUGUUCCUUACGAAGAGCACUUCAGCAUUAUUAUUGUGCCGUGUUGUACGAUCGAUAUAACUAUUUUUAUAAAUAAAUUGGGGCUUUCUUCCUUAAUUAGGCGUAUUUGUCAUGCUUGUGACCAUUUUGUUCCCCCUUAUACUUGGCUCAUCUAAAUACUUGUUUUGUGUAACGUUCAUGUUUGUAAUGUUUAGUUGUUAAGUCAUUCAUCAUUCGGGCGCUUCUUUACUUGCAUCGCCGUUGUGAUUUCUUUGGCUACAUUAUUAUGUAAUAUAGUAUGUACUCUGUAACAGCCCAAUAAAAACAACAACUGUG